UGCAAAAUUUCAAACUGCUACUGAAAAUGUUGAUGAUUCAACUUUACUUUCAACUUUAAAACAAACUUUUUCAAAUAAUCAAUCUUUCGUUUCAAAUCCUCCUGGUUCAAAAUUAUCUUCUACAAAAUCUGGUGUUUUUGGAAUAAAUCAUUUUGCUGGUUUAGUAAUUUAUGAAAUAGAUAAAUUUAUUGAAAAGAACAUUGAUAAUUUAUCUCCUGAUUUUAUUGGUUUAUUUAAAGAAACUAAUAAUACUUUUAUUAGAAAAUUAUUUUCCGGUCCUGCUUUAGCAAUUGAAAAUCAUCCAAAGAAUGAAAAAACUGUUGUUGCCGCUCAAUUACCUACAAAACCUAUGCGAGCUCCAAAUUCUUCAUCAAAAAAGAAACCAUUAUCUAAUGUUUCAACUGUCGUAACUCAACUUUAUGGAACUUUAAAUCAAUUAAUUGAUACUUUAAAUUCUACUAAAAUGUGGAAU